GUCAGUUUAAAACCAACACCUAUGACAAAAACUCCGACCAAUCACGGUGAAGCACGUGAUCGUAUAGUCCAAUCACCGUCAUCCUUCUGACCAAGUGCUUUUCUGGUUGAUAACGCGGUGAACCUAGUCCGUCUCAUCAUGGCCUCUGGAGCUUUGUUCCCCAGCAUGGUAUCUGGGUCCCGUGGGUCCUCCAGCAAGUACCUGGUGGAGUUCAGAGCUGGUAAAAUGUCCAUGAAAGGCAGCACCGUGACCCCUGACAAGCGCAAAGGUCAGGUGUACAUCCAGCAGACCGAUGAUUCCCUCAUCCACUUCUGCUGGAAGGAUCGCACCACAGGGAAUGUGGAUGAUGACUUGAUCAUCUUCCCUGAUGACUGUGAGUUCAAACGGGUCAACCAGUGCACCACUGGACGUGUGUAUGUUCUGAAGUUCAAAGCUGGUUCCAAAAGACUUUUCUUCUGGAUGCAGGAGCCCAAGACUGACAAAGAUGAGGAGUAUUGUCGUAAAGUCAAUGAAUACCUCAAUAACCCCCCCAUUCCUGGAGCUCUUGGGAGCGGUGGAAGUGGAGGACAUGAUCUGUCUGCUCUGGGAGGUGAGGGUGGUCUACAGAGCCUUCUGGGUAAUAUGAGCCACAACCAGCUCAUGCAGCUGAUUGGACCAACUGGACUUGGUGGCAUUGGCGGUCUUGGAGCACUAGCUGGGCCAGGUUUAGCCAACCUCUUGGGCAGCAGCAGCAGCAGCAGCAGCGUUCCUUCUGCCAGCAACUCCUCCACAAGCCCGUCUACUGUCGUCACCCCCACCUCUACCUCCGUCACCAGUCGAAUUGGCUCCUCCCAGGCUUCCACCACACCCGUCAACCCCUCCACUACCUCAGCCCCCUCCCCGCCUGCUAGCACCCCGCCCACCCCGGCUGCGCCUACUGUAGCGGCGGCGGGAAGCCCUACCCAGCCCAUCCAACUGCGGGAUCUGCAGAGCAUCCUGGCAACCAUGAACGUGCCUGCCAGCGGCACAGGAGUGGACCUGGCCAGUGUCCUGACCCCAGAGGUGAUGGCUCCCAUCCUGGCCAACCCUGAAGUUCAGCAGAGACUGACCCCCUUCCUGCCCACUGGAGAGUCUCUGCUUCAGAGUACGGAGGAGCUCCACAACACGCUCAGCUCGCCACAGUUUCAGCAGGCGAUGAGCAUGUUCAGCAGCGCUCUGGCAUCGGGGCAGUUGGGGCCGCUAAUGAAUCAGUUUGGCUUGCCGACGGAGGCCGUGGAUGCCGCUAACAAUGGAGAUGUGGAGGCUUUUGCCAAAGCAAUGGAGACCGAGACAACGUCUGAAGACGGCGGCGAUUCCAAAGACAAAAAGGACGACGAUGAGGACAUGAGUCUGGACUAAUAAUCCAUUUUGGAAAAUAUGAUGUAUUUAUUUAGAUGUCUCAGCUUCCUCAACAUGUUUGAAAAAUAAAUCUAUGAUACAA